AUGCAAGCUUUACCUGAGCAAUGGUGGAGCAGUGCUGACUACUCGUCGUUCUGGAAUUAUUAUAGAGCUGCAGAAGAAUGGCGAACAUUACAUCCGCAACUAGUUGCUCAGUCUUUCUCUCUUGUUUUGACACAGAGGCAAAAAGCACAGUGUGAUACUCAGCCUACAGUUAGCCGAAGGGAUAUCCCAACUCCUAAUAGUUCUCGUUACGAGCGACAUAAUCAUCAAAAUGAAGUAAAAGAAGAAACAGUAGAACAUGAAGCUAUGGAGUACGAAGAAAAUGUAGAAAAUGAAGAGAUGGAUGAAGAGUACUUAGAAUUUCGUAAAAAAACUCUGGAGCAUCGACAGAAAAGGGACGCAAAAAGGAAUAUGGAAAAACAGGAACAUAAGGAUGAAUCUCACUGGAUUAAAUUGCGAGAGGAUGAUUAUGUUGAUGCUGGGAAAAUUGGUGUUGAAGGACCAAAGAAAUACACUCUAAAAGCUCCUGACGAGCGUACAAAAAAUCAAAAUCGUAGGGAACAAGCCAAGAAGUUAUAUGGAGAGAUGGCCGAAAAAAUUCUAGCGAUGGAAACUUCGCUGGAAAUGCGGUUUACCGAUGAGCACAGAAGGAAGCAACCUGCAAUGUGGCCGAACAUUCCAUUGAGAUUUUAA